AUGAGUGAGAGUGAAAAUGGUGAUAAUGAACAGGAACCACAUGUAGACGACAAAUAUCGUCCACGAAAACGAAGUCUUGUCUGGCAAUUGUUUGAAAAGUUAUCCCGAUAUCGUGUACGAUGUCGUCUAUGUGGUCAUGAACAAAACUAUCAGGGAACGACGGGUAAUAUUCUUAGACAUUUGAAAUCGAAACAUGAUUUGGAUGCCACAAUCAAAGGACAACAAGAACCUCAGCACAAGGAACGUUUACAUAUGCUGUUAAGCAAUUUGCCACCACAACAACAUCAGCCCACCAUGUACACAAUGCCGGUCUCGGCAAUAAAAUUGGAACGGACCGGUUUCACUAAACCACGAAAACGUUCCUUUAAUGAAAUAAUGCCGAAGGACUGUGGUGGUGGUGCUGGUCAGGAGGCCAAUCCCUUCGAUGAAGAUGAGGUACAAGAUAAUACCUAUACACAAGAAGAGCCAUUUGAGAAUUACAUAUGUGCCGAAGAGCCAGCCCUAGAUCCAGUCAGUGACGAUGAAUGGGGCAAUCAAAAUGUUCCAGCACCAUCAAAGAGAAAGAUUCGUUCACAAUUGGACGAAGAACGUGUUAUUGCUGAGACUGAAUAUUUCCGUGAAAAAGCCGCAUAUUUUAAGCUACAAAGACAUUUAACAGCCCUACAGGCCAAGAAAAUUAGAAUAGAAAUUGAACAGUUGACAAAACGUAAUAGUAAUAAUAAUAAUAAUAAUAGUGUAGUGUCGUAA